UACCAAACCAAGCAAAGUUAUGAUCUACAGUGUAAAGUUUAGAUAAUAGAUUCUGAAAAAAAGAAAAAGAAAGGUAAUGAGAAGAAAAAAGUUACAUAACAUGAGAAUAAUAAUAUGGGAGCAACUGAGAGCAAACAGAUAGAGAAGAGAGAAGAGAGGCGUUGGGGCAGAAGACUCGCGUGCUGAGUUGUUGUGGUGUGUUGGACUGAGUUUUCUCAUUAGCCUCUCAAAUCGGGGAAUCACCAUUGAAAUUGAAACCUCCUUUCACUACUACACGUGUUAUGUAAACCCUUUUCUUCUUCUUCUUCCCAAUUAAAAAAAAAACCUAUCUUUUCUUAUUACCUUAGUGGAGAGAUACCCAAAUCAGAAAGGUUCCUUCUUUAUAACUCCGAGGACUCCUUGGUGUUUGCUUUCUGGUGAAUUCUUUGAUGGGUUUUGGUGUUUUCAGUUGAGAAAACCAUUCUGGGUUACGAAUCAGGGAUUCGAGUGUUAGAGGAAAGUGUGGUUUAUACUGUGACUGGAGGAAGCAAUGGAGGGUGAAGGGAUCUCAGCUGAGCGGAGAGUGGAGAUUAGAGUAAGGAAGAAUGGGAGAAAGGAUAAGGUUAUAGUUGAGAAAUCUGCAGCUAAAGGUUUACCUGAAGGAUGGAUCAAGAAGCUUGAAAUAACAAACAGAUCAAGCCGUAAAAUCAGAAGAGAUCCGUUCUUUAUUGACCCUAAAAGUGGAUACAUCUUUCAAUCCUUCAAAGAUGCAUCACGGUAUGUUGAGACUGGCGAUAUUGGACAUUAUGCACGUAAGGUGAAGGAAAGCUAUACCGAAGAUGAUGAUUCCGGAAAUGGAAAGACCGUCCUUUGUCUGCAGUAUGUGGAAAAGAGAUCUGCUGAUGAUUUAUUGGAAAAGGAGAAAAAGAUAGAUACUCAUGUCAGAGAAAGUAAACCGAGAAACUUAUCUACUUCUGAUGAACAUUCCAGGAAGUGUAAUAUGAAUUCUGACUUGAGCAUCGUAGCCUCACAAGUUCUUGAGGAUUUGGGGGAGAAGGAAGAGGCGAAAGAUCCUAUCGAAACGCAACCCAUAGUGAAACGGGUUACUAGGAGCCAAGCUAAAGCUAGUAAGAAUGAGGAAGUCGUGGAUUUAAAAAGAAAGAACCUGUCUUCAUCAAAUGCAAAAUCAGCAAAAGAGUCUGUAAAAUCCAGAAUGAGGAGCAGUGCAAGGUCACAAGAACCAAAGAAGGAAUCUGCUAUGAAGGAAGAAGAUGAAAAAGGUUCUACUGAAAAACGGAUUACAAGGAGUAAAGCUAAAGUGAAGACGAAGGAGCUAAGUAAUAGUGUAGCCCGGCGAACAUCAAAACGAUUAGCUGGUAUUGAGCUUGAACCAACGCCUGAACUGAAGACAAGAACCAAAGUUCAACGAAUAGUACCUCCUGAUGAACAGCAGACGCCUGAAUGUAAUAAGACAGGAACCAAAGCUCAACGAAUAAUACCUCCUGAUGAUGGCACAGCCGGAAAGUGCACUGAUGAUGAACAGACGCCUGAAUGUAAUAAGAUAGGAACCAAAGCUCAACGAAUAACAGCUCCUGAUGAUGGCACAGCCGGAAAGUGCAAGCAACCUGUGAAUCCUGUUGCUACCAGCGGAUUGAACGAGACGGAGAUACCCCUCAACAAGGAAGCAGCUAAAAGCUAUAUUGAAAAUCGUUCUCAGAAACCAUAUGCUGCUGCUGCUGCUACAAGCAAUAAUCGUGUGAGUGCAGAAAUGGCAGUGGGAGUUAAAAAGAUCCGUAAAUCAGUAGGCAGAAAGCCUUCUGUAGACAAGAAGACAGUAAAAACACCACCGAUUAUAUAUGAACUGAAUCCAGUUUUUCAUCUUGACGGUUACAUGCAGAAGGAAGAAAUGUCGCCUGUCUCNCUACCUCCUGAUGAUGGCAAAGCCGGAAAGUGCAAGCAUCCUGUGAAUCCUGUUGCUACCAGUGGAUUGAAAGAGACGGAGAUACCCCUCAACAAGGAAGCAGCUAAAAGCUAUAUUGAACAUCGUUCUCAGAAACCAUAUGCUGCUGCUGCUGCUACAAGCAAUAAUCGUGUGAGUGCAGAAAUGGCAGUGGGAGUUAAAAAGAUCCGUAAAUCAGUAGGCAGAAAGCCUUCUGUAGACAAGAAGACAGUGAAAACACCACCGAUUAUAUAUGAACUGAAUCCAGUUUUUCAUCUUGACGGUUACAUGCAAAAGGAAGAAAUGUCGCCUGUGUCACCGUUGUCUUGCGAAACUUCUGCAACAAAGUGGGAGAAGACAGGAGCAGGCAUAAGGCUGGGAGGUUCUAGUCCAAAGGAUAAACUUACUACCAGUGUCAAAGCAACUGAGAUCUCGGAUUUGGGAUUACCAAAUAAAGGAACGCAUCCACGUCCUUGUGAUACCAUUCAAAGGAGAAAUAAAUUAGGCAACGAGUUAUCUAACUCAUCUGUAGUAAGAGGCGCAUGCUCAAAAGUGAUGGAGAAGAAUACCAACAGCUUCUCUUCAGCAUAUAACUCGACUCUUGCAGAUCUUUGGAAAGAUCCUUGCAUCGCCUUUGCUAUCAAAACUCUGACCGGAGGAGAGUCGCUGCAUCUUCCUAACACCCCAGCAAUCUCUUCUGAUCCCACCAACAAUCACACCGAGCAGAAAGGAGUCUCCUUUAUCCCAGAGACUACUGGUAAUGUUAACAUAUGCUCUGAAAAACCAAGUGAACCCCCAGUUCCGGAUAUCUGGAAAGACCCGUGUAUCGACUUUGCUAUAAAAACUCUGACAGGCGCCAUCCCUAUAGGGUUAGAUGAACCACAAGUGAAAUCAAAGUCUGAGGGAAUGAAGAUUACCACAAUGCAAGAACGGGAAGGUAGGUCAAGCAACUGUGAUCAUUUGGUUCAACAAUGUAACAUGAAGAACAAGUCUGUGGAUAAAGGAGACUUGUGUGCACAAUCUUUAUCUAAGGUCUAACAACAAGAAGAAAUAAAAGCUUAGUGUUUUAGGGGGUGUAUUCCGUAUGGUAGGGGGCGUUUUGAUAACGCCAUGGGUGAUAGUAUAAGAUCCAUGUGCAAUGCCUUGGUCUUUUUACCUUUUUAGCCAUGUUCUGUAAAUACAUAACCUGUAUUAGUUUUGUGUAUCGACAGAACCUGGAAAAAAAACUCUUAACCACCUCAAUGGAUAUUGUUUCUCCUCUG